CCUGGGACAGCAACUGUCAAUUUGAUUUUAAAGAGGCGGUUCGAUACCCUGCGAGAAGGAAUCCGAUUAUUUUGCGUGUAUCUGACUCAAUCGGUGCUUCGAAUUCACCCACGUGUUACAAAUGUUCAUCCACACUCGCGCCACCUAACAAAGCAUUAGAGCGCAAAAUACUGGCCGGUCUUCGCAUAUCUCCAUCAAUACACUGUGCUCCUCCGUGGCCAGCCUCUCUCACCGCCACGCUCUCUUUCCCGUCAGACUUGUCACCAUUCACGAAAUCACUAAUCAAUAAAAUAUAAUAAAAUUAGAAACACUGUGAGUCUUACGCCGUCACCAACAUUAUGUAUAUUCGUAUGUCAACGUGUGAUGUAGCUGAGGAAAAACGAACACAAGAAUCGGAGGGAGUUGUUGAUCGUUAUGUCGGUGUAGUCGGAUAAUAUCGAACAGUAGAUUGCGAUUCAUAACUUUUUUUUCCCUGUUGUUGCUGAGUGGAUUGGAUUUGGUUUCUCGCGGUGCUUUCCCCAACACCUUUGUUGAUGUCAAGGACAUGACCGUAUCGAGUCAGGACUAGGGUUUUGUGGUGCGUGAGAUUCCGAUUCUUCUUGAUUUCUACUUGCUUUUUCUCGGAUAUGACUGCCGGAGCUCAAUCUGCCCCUCGACGCUCUGGAUAUCUUGAUGCUCUCUCUCAAGCCAUUCACAAGAAGCUCCAGCGGGCGAGGACUAAUUCGUCACAGAGGCGCAAUUUGCUGCAGGAGCUAUUUGCAGACAUAGCUUUAGAAGUUGAUGACCGAGCCAAGGAUAUAAUUUUCGGCAAGGAUGAAGAUAUAAUUUCUCCUUCAAACAAUGGCGAUGGCCUGUUAUGUUUCUAUGAUGUGCUUGCUGAUUAUUUUGUGCGGAUGCCUGAAAGUGGAAAGCCUAUCCUUGACUUGAUUGUCCAACUGUGGAGCCAGUCAUUUGCUUCUCAUAUUUUUGCGCUCUUGUUCCACAAAUGGUUAUUUGAAGUUCAACUUGAUAAUCCAGAAGUGCUUCUUCGCUACUCAUCUGCUUUGGUUCAAGGCGCCACAAAUGUUUUCUGGAUUGACAUUCAAACAAACACGAGGCGUUUCCAGUCCCUCUUUCAUUACCUUCUGGAGGAUGUUGCGUUGGACAACUCACGAUUGAAUAAAAUUCCUGUGCAGGCUCAGCGAGACAUGUAUCUUUUGCUUUCAAGAUUUAUUGUAUUUUAUAACUCAGCUGACAAGAUAGAAAGCUUCUUGAAACAAUGCCCGGAUUUCCCAAAUGCAAUAUUGGUUGGUGGUCCAGCGGAUAUAUUCGUUACCGAACUGACUGAUCAGCUUCAGAAGUUAAAAGUGGAACCAGUGCUGCUACAUUACCUCAAAGAAAUUAAAGUACUUCAGGGGAUGGAACUGAGACUGACUACAAGUACGAGAUUGAAAACAUGCUUGUAUAGUUUGACUUCUCCGGGUGGUCCAAUGUAUCCCACUAGAACUGUCCGUCAUGCCGCCUGGGAAGCAUUAGAUUUGCUUUUUCCUGUUGGGCGAUAUUUUAGGCAUCUCAUAAGUCUUUUCUUCAGAUUGCUAUAUCCAUGGUAUUGGCCCUCCUCGUGUUGGAACUUUGUGGUUUCUUGUGUGAAGGCAGUAUUUCUGUAUUUAUGGAGGUUCAUCCUUUCUUCCUGGGAGAAUCUCGCCAAGCCGAAAACUUCAUAAGUUGCCCCGCUUCCAAGUCUUGUAAUCAGGGUGGUGCACAGUUGCCUUCUUUUUCCUUCACUUAUUUUGUGGGUGGGGGUGAUGUUGCACAUUAGAGUACGACCCACAUAUUUUUCCAUGAGGCGCAUACUUCAAAAAAUGUUCGUGCAAGUACCGAGGUUUUAAUGGAUCUAAAAUUCAAAUUUCAAGUAACCAUAUGUGGGAAUUGGAAUGAUUUAGUUCACUACUUAUCACUCUUAACGAAUAAAUUUGUCA